UGAGCUCCAACCAGAGCCAUGGGGAGUACCCAGACUGCCGGAGUGAGAGGGAGUCGGGAGGGGAGGCGUCUCUCCUGGUGUCUCCGCUGGUGGUGGCGGGGAUCGUUAUAGGUCUGGUCCUCUUCCUCUCCUGCAUCACCAUCAUCGUUGGCAGCUUGCGCAAAGACAGUCGACUCCGAAACCCACACCUUCGAGCAAGCUACGGUCUGGAUGGUUUUUCCUACGGAGGUUCAGUAGGAGAACUAAGAUCUACCUGCUUAGAAGACUUUCCUCCUGGUUUAGACUUUGAUUCAUACAGAGAGACCCUGUCACAGGUCAACAACCUGUACCCCGAUUCACCGCCACGUUACGAUGAGUGUGUUGGUCCAGGUUCAAGUCAGAUUUACAUACCAACAGAUGAUCCGCCUCCUUACUCCCUAUUGGACCCCUGUCAGAGAGGGGCAGAGCAGGAGGAGCAGCCUAACUACACCAAUCUGGAUCCUUCUCCAUACUGUGGCGAGACCUCGGCCAGCGCUGCCUGGUUUUCCCCUUCCCACUACCCACUGGGACUACAGGAGCAGGAGCAUCAACACAUUGCAGCCAUCUCUUUCCCGCUGGAAGCGGCACCGCCUUAUGAGUCAGUGUUGGCCGAGCAGGGACAGCCCCUCCCUCUCAUGCCGUGCGACCUUUAUAAACACCAAUCAGAGAGGGGGGAUGAUGGCAACUCCCGGCAACCAGGGGCGAACCAGAUCUCAUAGGACAAUUCAUUAUUUUUCUUUCACCUGUGCUGUUGGUUGUCCCCAAUUGAAUUAAACAAACACUUGUGAUGUGGGGCACAAAAUGGCUGUCAGGAGCAGCUGUGACACCAAACAAUGGACACUAAAUGAGAUGUACACCUCUUCCACACAGUUGCUAACACCUAAUAAGGCUGAAGUAUUGCUAACGUCAGCCUCUCAGUGGACUGAAAUGCAGCCAGGACUCCUUACAAUUUAACAACAGUUUGUUUAUGGACAAAAUACAAACUCACUGAUUGCAUUGUACUGUAAAGUUUCUGGAAUGACAGGUUCUCCCAUAAAAAGGUCUCUCGUCCCGAUGAUGAUUGGACAAUGACUCCAUCUGGUAAUAACACCAUUGUCUAAUUCAGCUUUUGCCAUGUUUUGACUGUUAAUCUCUCUUUCUUGAAUAAGUCAUGUGUCAUAUUUGGAGUUUAGGCAGGCUUACUGCUACAAACAUUAACAUCUAUUCAUCAUACUGUCGAUGACGGCAAAUGGCUUUGUCUGGAGAUGAAAGGCAGAGUGUAAACAAUAUCUAUGUGGUAUUUAAUAGUGUAGUUUAAGGUAUACAGAAGCACACAGACUACCCCCUCCCAUGUUUUGUUUUUUUGGUAUGACCCUCUCCUAUCAGUCUAUUUAAAUGAUGUUUUGAAAGUACCACUUGUUGUUGUGUACGACAUCCUCAACCACCAGAACACCACUGCUGAUUGUCAGUCUGUAGUGUGUAAACAUUUAGAGCAGUGUGCUGUCUUGUUGCUUCCAGUGUGGUAGUAGUAUCCUCGCGGUUAGAAUGACGACCCUGUAAUAAAAUGGUGGUGACCAUAAACUAAUUAGGAAACUACCUGAACAGGAAGAGUGAAAUGUAAACACUACCCCCCUCUUUACAGUUAUGCCUUCCAGAGCAAAGCACUAUGAUGAUGUUAUGGAAGUCAGUGUUAAAUAUUUUUAGCAUACACCUGUCAUCACCAGAGAGGGGGUUUCAACACGUCCACUGUUGUACAAAUUGUCAUAACUCUUCCUAUCAAGGGCUCUGGUUUUAAUAUUAAUUCUGUAACUGGGACCCCAGCAGCGAAAUGUAGCUCAGAGCCCUCCUCCUGAUGAGGUUGGGUUGAUGCAACAAAGAAGUUACACAUUAAACUGUAGACCUUACCACACUGUUCAGUGGAGGAAUGGAUGCUUCUGCCUUUGUCUUUUUCUCUUUGUUUCCCUCUCCUGAAAGAAUUAACUUGACUUGAGCCAUUAUGGAGGUUUUUCCUUACUGCACUAAAAGUGUCAGCAUCUUCUCAGUUAACCUGCAUAAGCAUCAGCUUGAUUAUUAAAUUAUGUAAUUCAUUAGAUAGCUAAAACUGAUGUUACAGCGUGAUAUAGGUAAUAAUGUAUACUGUUAUUUACAAUACUAAAUAAUCUUUGCAUUAUUGUCUUGAUUAGUUGAUUAUAAAAUGUCAGUAAAUAGUGAAAAAUGUCCAUCACAAUGUCUUAAAUCCCAACGUGAUGUCUUCAAAUUGAUAGUUUUUGACCAAAACCCCCAAAUGUUCUGUUGAGACAGAGAGAGAGAAAUCUCAGAAAAGACAGAAAAAUCUUCAAAUCCUCCCGGUUGAGGAUCUGAAAAAUGACUUGAACAAGUAGAUUAUAAAAACAGUGGCUGUUUUCUACUAACUGAUUAAUCAAAUGUUUCAGGUCACAUCUAAACAACAACAUCCAUCAGAUGUGUUACUGCUGAUGUAUCAUUUCCAAUACAAAGCAGAGAUUAUGAAUGUCUCUGUGUAGAUGGCUAGAUACCAGCUAUAUGUAGAAAUCAACACAGUCUUAUGAAUGGGCUCUCAGAAACAUUUCAAUUUGAGCAAAUUUGCCAAACAGUGAGUACAUUCAGCAUUUAUUUAAUACAAAGAAUAACAUGAAGGUCACAUAGUGCGACGAAAAUUACAAGUGCAGAGGGUGAUAGAUGUAUUCAACCCCAGCACUGCAGCUUCCAGUCCCGUCUUAGUCAACAAUAGGAAUUUUAAUAAAUCAUAAAGGCAUAACAACUUUUCCAGGUUUUUAUACCUUAUAUAGCUUGAACAUUGUUUAGUUUAAUUUUGUGCAUCAGUAGAUAAGUGCAUUAAUGCUGGAAAGAAGAAAAACAUAAUCCAGGCAGCAUUAUGUGCAGCCAUAAAAUAUUAAACCUGUUAUUUACGGUUGUUGGUGCCCAAGAGCUGAACACCUCCACUAUGGCCACCAGAGACCCUGUUACAUCAACUCAGGGCUCUCUGUAUUUGACAUUAUUUACCAUAUUGUGACAAAGACAGAAGCAAAGAAGCCGUGUUUGAAAGUUGUGUGUGGAGGGAAAACCCGGGUUAUCCUGGAGAAGGCAUCACCAUUUAUCACCAGUAAUUUUUAAGGAGGAAGUCAUUUAAGACUGAGCUUUAAUAACAAUGCAAAUGUUAUUUAGUUUCAGAAUAAUUUGUCCUGAUUUUUGUUUUGUUUCAUAAAUUUUGUUCGUCAAUUUAGACAAUUGUCAUUGUAUGACAUUGUUUUUGUGUUAUAAGAUGUGCCUAAUAUCCCUCAGACUGUUAGCUCGAACAUUGUAGCCAUAAUAUAAUAAUCUCGAUGCAAGUAACCCAGUGUUUUGCACUGUUUUGUUUGGUUAUGACAUGAAGUAUUGGUUUACGGUCGUGGUAUGGAGGAUUAAUUGAAUCAUAUUGAAUAAGUUGUGAUGACAGAUUUUAUUGAGGGAACAAAUGAACCAUGUUGACUCUUUCAAGCUGCUGUCCCAGUGAUCAACUUUGUGUUGUCAUUUGGUUUGACAGUUGAUGAGUAAACUGCACAGUUCACAUCCAAAUGUUUUUAACUGGUUACCAUUCAGAGUUUGUCACUUAACAACUCUUUUGAUUUUAUUGCAAUGGAUCGACUCAUUCUUUAACCACCUACAAUCUGAUUCUCUGUUUGAUUGUUUUCUCGUUUCUUUAUCUGUUUCUGUCUCUCCUCCUCUUUUUUCUCCCUGCAAGAUUCAGGUAAUCUUUAAAAAUUGCUAUUUUAAUGUGCAGUUAAAAUAAAAACAAAAAAACUGCAGUUCAUCUGCUACUAAUGCACCACUCAUUUUCAGUUUUUCCCACGGUGACUUUUAUACAUAUGAAUAAAUAAAAAUUGAUCGGCUUGAUGAGGUAUAUUAGUGAUUUAGUGAUAAUUCUAUCAGUGUUGCUGGAUUGUAAAAAUUUGUGUAACUAGAAUAGUUUAAUCAGCAAAGUAGAAUUCAGCUGGUGACCAAGGAAUCUGAUGUGUUUAUGUAAUUGACGCUAUCAAAUAGAAAACAUUAAAGGACCUCAUAUGUUGUGCAUUCAUACCUUGCAUACAUAUCGCAUUAUAGUGCUGGUAUAUUCAGUCCUGCAAAAAGAUGUCUCCACGAGAAGAAACACACAACAAAUCCACAGAAUUUGGAAUUUAAAUAAGAAAAAUUUAAAUACAAGACAGACUUUUUUAGAAAAUUGUUAUGAAAUUCAAAGUAACCAGUAGAUCAAAUUAUAUAUAAACUCUAACUCUUACUAUACUCUUCUACUACAUUAUAGACACCUUAAAUGAUCGACUUUGAAUUUUUUUUGUGUUACUAGUAAGACACCUAUCCCCAAACCUCCACAUUGCUCUUUUUUUAUCCAGUAUUCAUUGG